CAAGUACAAGAACAACUGACUCCGGUUUUUGAGUUCUAUCUUUCACGAUGAACAUGGAUAGAGUACUAGUUUCUGACAAGUGAAAGUAGGCACAAAAAUGAAUUCGUAUUUGAGCAAGACGAUUGACCUGGGCGAGGAUGGUCCCAAUUUGUUACUCAACAAGGUUGCGGGCAGCGUCGCUGUUGGAAUGGUUGUCGAUGGUGCGGACUUCCUCGAAGACCCAAAGGCCCAAGCAGUUCAAAGCCUACUCGAGGACAUGCCGUAUUCGAUCUGCGUUUUGCCAGCGCAGUUUCUCGAUUCAGCACACUGGGACGAGUCGCCAAAGAAAACUCAAGCUCAAGCGUACGAGACAACAUUAUCGUCUAAUGAAUCAGCUUCGAAGGGCCAUAGUACAUGAUAAUUCUUCUUGACGCAUUGAUUUUCUUCUAACAAAAAGGUGGCAGCAGUGCCUCCGGACCGUCACGAGCUGCAUCUCGAAAGGACCUGCCCAAACCAGGGACCAUGCAAUUAGAGCGAAGCCGCGGAUUCACGAAGACAACACAAGAAAACGUCAGCCUGCUGAGUGCUGUCUUAUGGAUGAUGUUUUUCGCAUCUAUCAGACCAUCGAGGCUGGCCCCUUUGCCCUCACAACUACAUAGAUUAAGGGGGACCGCGAUGGUCUGUCUGGAUGAAAUAGACACCAUCCAUAUGUCUACGAGGCCGCUUUUUCGAAGCCGGCUGUGACGGGCCCGGUACCCGAAACUGUCGUCUAUGCAAUAUUUGAGUUUCUGAAAGACGACUCCUGCUUUAUUCGGUUCCCCGCUCACGACCAUGAGAUCCGCGUCGACAACUGGACCAAGCAAAUGCUCCUCAAGGCGGCGUCUCCGGAUAAGUUAUGCAGGAAAUAUACGACAAGACAAGUAGCCUCUAUUCUUUUUCUUUGUCACUGGUAGGUUAAUUAUGCUUAUGCAUCGUACAAGAACCGAUUCAUGAUGAUGCAGGAAUAUGACAAGACACGCCUCGAAAAUAAUAUUUUUGUUUUUCACUGGUUAUGCUUAUCUAUGCAUGGUACAAUUUUUAGAUCAUGAUGAUGAUUCCAAUGUAGUUGCCACAGAUAUCAAUAAUAUUGUUCUAUGUAUAAUAUGUACCACGGCAACUACUUGUUCUAGUAUUACCCCUGUUAGUAUAAUUGAAUAUUAAAUCUUCUACGUCAAAGAACCAUCUUAUGUGUGCUAUUUGUAUAAUUAUACACUACAAUACACUCCUGUAGCAUAGUCUUGCUCUACUACGACACUAGUCCUGCUAAUGUUAGAUGAGAAUCCGAUAUCGCCGGCGCAUAGCAAGAUUGCAUCUUCGGGUUUGGAGAAGAUCAAUAGUGCAUUUCGUAUUCGUGCGCUGAUACGUUGGCAUGUCGAGCAGCUCCUGUCAGAGAAGAAGAGAACACGCGCAGAAUGGCAAGAGCAUCACGUUAAGCCUACCGCAUCGGUUUUGGCAUUUUUCCCAACAUUCUUCUUAGCUGGGUUCUUUUUUCUAUUUUGUUAGAUUCUCGCAGGAGGCUUUUUUAUUGGAUAAAGUACUGAUAUUCAUCAAAACGUAUUUCUUACUUUUUAUGAGUUUGAAGAUAGUGGGGCAAAUGUAGAAUCCGGUCCAUCUAAUCACGGCGAUUCCUGUACCAUGACCGAUUACGAAAAGACCAGGAAGGAGCCCCCUUUGUCAUUUAUGAAGUAGGAAAUUCAAAAUGCAUUGUACACAGAUCGUAAUCGUUGUACGAGAUUUAUUGUAUUGCAUUGCAAUUGGCUACUAUGGUUGUAGUGUCCUGCUGUAUAGCAGUAUCCUGCUUUGUCUUGGCGCUUUUCCCUACUGAAGUGUACGUGACUAGAAUACUGGGUCACGCGAACCCCCUACAACCACGUGAAAAAGGUCAUUAGCUAUUUCUUCUCUACAAUUGAGUCCUUCUUCUAGUUGUACGAGGGAUACGUACGAAAAGUAAAGCUAAGAGGGGAUCAACGUAACAAGUAUCUUCAGCAUGUGGAUUCUAAUGAUCCCGGAAUGAUGGGAGGCCAAGGACGAUCGGCACAAGAUGUAGUCGUAGACUAUGUCACCGGGGGGAGAACAUCAGAGCCGACUAUAUCCCAAACCUUGAAAGCUGGCCGAGGUACCGUAAACAGCGACGCGCCAAUGGAAUUUCCACAAGUCAUACCUUUAUGCAGCUCUUCAGUAGCCAAUCGUGAGUGCUAGUGUUCCUAGUAAACCCACGCCUAACCUAACCAAGCUGUUGAAAUGAAGCAAUUGUGGCAUGGCGAACGUUUCCAUGAAGGCUUUCAUCAAUAGUGCCUAGAAGUAGAAGGUGGAAGUGCGUGUUCUAAAGAUAGAUUAACACUCUGAAUAUCUGCCCUAAACCCUAAGCGAGUCCUAAGUCUUUUUGUUCGCUGUACAUUACGAACUGUGGGAGUGCACCAAAAACUGUCAUCAUCAUGUCGAGACGAUGCAGUGCUCAGUGAAGGUUCGACAGGCUGCUAAUCGAGAAGAUGUUGGAUGAACAAUCAAACGACCUAGUGAAAACAUGAAGAUGAACUGCUCCAUGAUGACACGCAGAUACGUCAUCUGUGCAGCUAUACUAGGAAUAGGUGGACACCAACCUAGCCGAAGAACGUAACGUAACUGCUAUGUAUAGUGAUUAGAAGCUGGCAUCGGCAAUCUUGUUCCUAAGUAUUCCCAUUUUUAUGUCGUGUGUCCCUUUCCCUUUUCACGACGGCCUCCCGCAGAGAACAAAGGCGGCUUUGGCGGUGGCAAACUGCGACGGUCCGGCACACUGUCACGAGACCAUUCGCAAGAAGUCGUGUGUCCCGGAAAGUCACCAGCGGAAGAUUACGGAAACCGCGUUUAGCUUUUUUAGUAACGGAAAUAUAUAUAACGAAGUUUAUCAUGAUGAUGAUGAACUGCCUAUUUCAUCAUUAUCUGUUAACACAGUGCCGUUCAUUCGUCGAUACAACUUCCUGCCCCGAAUACAUCCACUCCAUUCUAUCUUUCACGAUUAUCUUCGUGCUCCUAGUAGCGGAGACUGCAUCAAUCAUUCUGAGGCAUGAAGAUCAGCAUUAAAUGAGAUUGUCCAUGUCUCCCUUACGACCACGGAAAAAUAUAUAUUUAUAAACCUCGGAUAAGCUAGAAGCCUGGCUUCAAAAAUACUAACUUUGUAGUUGUCUCUAAAUCGAAAUAGCAGAAUUGGCCAACAAGUUGUCGCACAUUUUCGACGCAGCAGAUGAAGAAAGCGAGGGAAUAUUGAGACAUGGCGAUUUGCUCAAUCUUCUCGAGGCUACGCUAUGCACAGAACCAAACGACGAUAUUAUGAUGGGAAGAUAAUGAACAAUUUACUUACCUUUACAUACAACAAGUACUGAUACUGAAUCAGGCAGCUCAGGUUGACACGUGGUUCGUCAAGAAUGAAGGAAUGAGUCUGCAUUUCUCGAAUUGAAUUCUGAAGUCCUACCUCUGUUCCCCGUGGCGGGUGACUUCGUUUUCCUCAAUUAUGGAUGUAGAAAUAAAACUACGGCAAGGAAUGGAAGUAAAAAGUCAGACUUUGUAGCUUUUCUUUAGCUUCCCAAUACCACAUUCACGUUCCCUGCUUCAUACUUCACUACAACCCUCUGGUCGAUGAUCAAGUAAUCGACCUGCUGCCAUGGGACAUUCGAACGAUCAUGGCGGGAAUUCACGAUGAUGGCUCAGGUGUCUCCUUAUAUAUUAUAAUGUUGAUGUACAAGAACGUCGUAGUAAGUAACUAGUACCCGCAACAGCGAGAGUCUUUUUUCUAUUUAUAGACCACUUAAAAUCAAGGACAAGUCAGAGAAGUCUCCUUCACAUGCCCUAGCGUUGAGACUUUCUACUUUUUUGCUCCUUGUUGUGUCUUUUUCCUAUUUAGAAGGCUCUCACCACAGUAUUACCACGAUAAUUUUCUUCAUUGAACAUGUUAACAUGUCGCUGAUCCCACCUGCACCUAGUGUUAUCAUCAACAGGUCUUAUCGAUUACAUUCGACAUUGCGAUGGAAUUCCGACUGCAGUACGAAGCACAAGGAGAAAACGAGACCGUUACUAUGUGCAGUUUCCGAACCGAGCUCCCUACUCCGUGAUGCCACCGGAUUUUUUGGAGCGUGAAAAGAUCGGAGAGUCAGUGGAGCAACUUGAAGGUAACGCAGCAGUUUCGAUCACUUUUAUAGCUCUCUUACUCCUGAUCCUGGUUCUGGUUGAUCUAAAGUAAUUUUUUUAAUAUCCAGUAGAUCAAGUACUAAGUUUUUUUAACAUUUCCCGGAGAUGCCGAUGAAUACAGGUUGAAUUUCGUAUUUCCGUGAGAACCACGACGAGAGGGCGAUAUUAACACUUAGAGAAGAUGGUUUCACUUUCAUUGCGCUAAACUGCCCUUCACAGGUGACGAAAUAGCGGAGACAGCGCGUUGUAUCAUAGAUAUCUGUGCAAGGCAAGAUCCCAAGUCAACAGGAUACGUGCCGAGGAUGAAGCUCCUAGAAUUAUGAGUGUCAAGAAUGCAUCAUCUACAAUUCCAAGUGAGUUAUCUGACAGAUUGAAGAAGACUCAAGAACAGAAUAAACGGCACCCAGAUACAGAUACUCUCUUCAGAUACAUUGAGUUGCCUCCCCCACAUGAUCUUUACGCUUUGAGUACAUAAUUUUCUCCCCCUCUAAUAGACGCCAUCAGCAGCAUACCAGAACGCGUCACACUGCAAGAAAAACUUUUGCUGAUGCAGCUGGUCCCCGAAGUCGUGAAGGAAAGCGACAAUGGAAAAGGGAGUCUCGGACGGUCCGCACCCACUGGAAUGGUAACUUGCUAAUGUCGGACACGACGAUGUAGGUGGAAUUUGUCAAUCAUGUACAUGUAGUACAGUGUCUGCAGCUACGAUCGACUUUCAUGAUCGAACUACGGGCAUGCUGUGCAAGUUGGUCUCCUGUACCUACUUCAGGAACCCCGAGAUAGUCGUGGUUGAGUCCUAAUAAUUAUAUGUCGAGUUUCCUCAUCACGCUGCUUUUAUGUAGUAUGCUCCUGCGUAGAUGGUCCCUCAAAACGACAAAAAGAAUCAUCUACCAUCUUCAGGUAUUUUGCCAAUACGAGGAAUUCCGGUCUACGUUGCAGGAGCUCCGUAUCCAAAAAGUGCUUAACCCCCUGCACGAAACCGACAGUAAGAUGGUCCGCUCAGCGAUCGUCACGGCCAUUAGAAACUUAUGUAGAUAUGAAACUUUUCUUCAGUGUUUGCAGUCCGCUUAUAUUCAUAUUGUUCCUAUUACAUGACUAGCCGUAAACCUAAACCCAAGCAUGGAAACCGUAAGACUAAAAAUUGUUCUUCAAUACCAUGAACACUGUUCUCCCGCUACUUACUCCAGUUUUUAAACAUCUUCAGAAAGCCAAGCCGACAAAAUGAAAGGUCUGGGGUAAAUCCAGUUAUUAAGAGUACGUUCUUUUGCACUGUUCUCUCUGCUUCAAAGCUUAUUUACAUGAAACGCGAUCUGGGUAUAUGAUAAUCAUCUUCCUUCAUUCUGUGGUGGUAUUGGCGAGAGGUGUCCGAUCUGGCAGUGGCGCACACUCAUGAUGAGUCUCGACAUAUCGAUUUCGAGGUUUCAAGUGCACAUGAUUCUAUGCAUGCUACAAAUGGAUGACAUUGUAUUACUUUGGCUAGAGCACCAGCAGCAAGUGGAUUAGACUUCUUCGUCAUGAUAUAGACGUAGCACGAACUACUCGUUGACCCGAAUGUUAGAGCAAGAGGACUGUGAACUACACAAGGCUUUCGUAUUCCUAUUGGUAUUCUGUCAUCUUCUGUAAUGCUCUACAACAACGAACUAUGUGUAUUUUCCUUUUGCAUGUAUUAUUCACUCAUCGAAAAAUGAAUUCAGGGCACCAUCGAUACCGUCGAAGCUGUGAAUCUGAGUACUACACUUAUCCGAUGGUAUUUCGACCCGGAAGUGUAUCACGGAAGAGCAGUGAUGAUUCAGGAAGCCCAGGAGGCAGAAAAGAAGAGAAAAGAGUUAGAGGAGCUUCAGGAGAUGUCUGGCGUGAAGAAACACGUCAGCAACGAGGAUGACGUAUCAAAAUAAAUGAUCAACUUUUAGUCUUGUCGUUGUCGGAAUGAUACUUCUGAGUAGCUACGAUGAAAUUACAUUGCCGAUCUAUCAAGACCCGGACGCCGAAGAGUCUUUCUCUUUCUCCAUCCAGGACGCCGAAGAAUUCGUUGAUUUGGCACUACGCGAUAACAGAGAAGAGAUCGAGAAGAACCUCGUAGCGAUUAUCCAAACAGUAGAUGAAGACAAAACCGGCUUCGUUCCAGCUCCAUUACUGUUGAAGCAACUACAAUCCGACUGGGAACGAGGACUGGGCGGCGGAGGGUACAGCUUUUGCGCGCCUUGUCUCUCUCUAAAGAGAAAAGAUGACGCCAGAGCUGAGUUCGUGAAAAACUAUGAUCAGUCAUUUGCUUAGAAAAGGAAAUAUUUGAGAAUUAUUGUGAUCCUUAUGGUAGCUACAAGAACCACAAGAACUACAAGCCUGCAACAACUGCACGCCGACAAAUCCAGAAAGCUACUUCAAAGGAAACUUCUAGGUAGCAAGGCUCGCACCAAGACUUGUUUUCAAAAUUUACAAAUCAGGCUUACACUGGCUGAGAAGCGAGGUUUCAUGGGCGAGUGCCAAAUUUUACCCGAAACGGAGGACUUGGUGCAAUACCAAAAGCACAUCAAAACUUGGAUUCCUAUACUAUUUGAGCUCCGAAAGAACGCAAUGGCCAAGCGUUGUCUAGAAGUUGACAACGUAGUGGAUGCCGGCAUUGUAUUAUUUAUUUCAGAAUGUUCUGCUAAGAUACAGACUUUGAAUUCCUUUUGUUUUUUAUAGAAGAGUCACUCGUUUCUUAAAUUCUAAGGCCUGCGAGAUUUCGGUAUUCUUUAAGGUCUAACUAGCAUGAGCAGCUGGCAUUCAUUUCUGUGAAAACAUUCUACAUUGAUUCAUCUUCUGUGAGAACUUCUUGGAACUUUUUUACUACGUAGUAUCUACUGUUUCUAAUCUGAGGAUUCUUAUCCUCAUCUUAACGAGAAGUCGGAGUUAUAUGUCUUGUUGUAACUCUUGAAGUAGCCGUGGUCUACGAUAUCGGUAUCGCUUGGCCUCCACACUGAUACCUAGACGUCAUGUGAGACUAACCGAGCCUUUCUUAUGUCAAAAUGCCAUGAGUUUCUUGACACUUGCACUUGAUAACCACAACUAACUUAACAACAACUUAAUAUAACCACUUAAGGCCCACUCUAUAACUACAAACAAUUUUAGCUUGAACUGCUCGAAAUGAGUCAGUGGGAAAGCGAUUUUCCAGUCUUUUCGUCCAUGAUCGAUGCCUCGAGAGGAUCCAAGGGCAGAGGGGGCGCCUUCGGCAGCAAGCGCAGAUCAAUGGUACUCUGCAUCAGAUGCAAUCAAGAAAUGCUUUGUCUUGUUUGAGCUGUUGAGUUAAAACUUACUUGUACAUUUUCUUGCCAGCUCAAGAAAAUCGUUUUUACAGGGUCAGACGCCUUUUGGUCCUAGUGAGUCUAGUUGAUUAUUGGGAAGUUCCACCAGCUAUUUGCUUGUUCUUUGAAGAUUCUUCAAUCUCUAGCAGACCUUCGGAGUUUUGAUCCUCAUAAUUCUAAGUUGAAAUAACUAACUCUCUCCUCUACUGUCUUGCUUCAGGAAGCGAAUCGCCGGGAGUCAAUGGGCGAGGGCGGCGGAUCUAAGCGAGGUUCAAAAGUGGUUCCGCGCGGAUCUCUUCUAGCAGCGAAGACGGCUGGACUUAAGGCCCCCCUCGUCAAAUAAGUUGAUUUUGUAGACAUGAUCUGUUAGUUAUAAUUUUGAUUUGAUAACUCAACCUCCAUGCAUGUCCAUUCGUCAGACAAGUUGGUAGACAACAUGCUUGACAACAAAAAACAAGUUCGUGGACCAGCUGCUAUGAUUAAAAAAUCUUCAAUACCCCACGAAUGAGUACACUACUAGUACUACUACUACUACUAGACAUACCAGACAACAAAAGUAGAAUUUGAAGCACAUUAACUGAGACCCAUCGAUGAUGAAUUUUUAUAAGAGUAAUCGUCCUGCUCAACGCACGACAACAUGUGUAUCUAUCUGAAGCAGCUCUGUUAAUUUCUACACCUCCAAAAUAUGCAAGUACUUCUGGACAUGAUCAUCUUUCGAUUCUAGUUGAGGUCUCCAUUUCCAUACAUUUACUCAUAGUCUACUUAGCGUAGUGCAAGUAACACAAACACUUGUGGAAUUAGAUUGUCAUCAUCAUUACACUUACUCAUAGUGCUGAGUAGAAGACUCUAAGGGAAUCUCUCGCGCGAGCAAGGAGCUGUCCAAAGUGGAGCCAAAAGAGUUAGAGCUAGGGGCCAACGAGAAUCGAGCUGACCGACGCCGGCGCAUCGGUCCAGAGAAAUGGGCUUUCGAAACUGGGAAUGGCGCACAAGAGAAUGAUCAAUGA